AUGACUACUCAUACACAAGUGCGAUGUAAACAUAUCUCAUUCCGUCAUUGUCAUUCGAACAAAUCUUCACAGCAAGAAACACCUACGAAGUGCAAUCAAGAUCAAAACUGGUUUCGUGCACUUUUGAAAUGCGUCUCUCCAUCGACUUCAACAUCUUCAAUCUCCAGUCAAAGCUUAUCGCCUUGCACGCCGUCAAGUUUAUCAUCGUCCUCAUCAUCUUACAAAUCAAUCAAAUCGUCACCGUCUAUCGAUUUUUCGUUUCAAACAGUCUCGAAUCCAUCAUUAUCUCGAAUAAUUCUAAUCGUUGACGGAAGAUCCACAAGUUUAAACAAUCUCUGUCACGUAUUCGAACAAUUAAAUAUCAGUUUGAUUCAUCAUGAAACGAAGAAAACAGUGCAAGUGGAACAUGAUCUUUGGUGUCUCGGUGGUCUGGAUGCUUAUACAUUCACAUUGGCGAACUCGAACGUAUCGACACUUCCCGCGUGUAUACAGAAAUUGAAGCAGUAUCAGUUAACAAAAAACGACCUGUUCUGGUUUACAUUUCCACGUCAACCGACGAAAUUUGAUGAACAUGUGUCUGAUCUUGAGAUGAUUUCCUCAGCGAAAGUCGAAUUUAUCGAUUCCUUAUUAAAUCCCGAGAAUGACGAAAACUUCGAGAAGAAACUCUGUCCAUUGAAUGAUGGUAUUUAUGUGGAGAUGAGUUUCGGGUCAUUGGUGUCUCUUGGAUCAUUUCAUUGUUUUGAAACAAUUAAAAAAUUUAAUGGAACGAUUCGAACAUGGAAAAUCACGUUUUAUCAAAAUCAUUUCGAUAUCGAUUAUCAAAAAUCGUCCAAUGACAAUCCAUUGGAAGAAUUUCGCAAACGAAUCAAAGCUGAAUUUAUCGAAAAUUGUGCUGUUGUUAAUACUCUGUACGAUGGAUUUUUGAUCUACAUUAAUAUGAAAGCCAAUUGUAUUGAUUAUUUCAAUUCUGAUCGAACAAAACCUGGCUUGGACAAUUUUGUUCGUGUGGUACCAAAAGAGCCGAGACCAUUGUGUUCAACUUUUCGUCUUUUAAUUAAAUUGGAUAAUAAUGCACUUUCAGCAAGUUUAUCACGACAUUUCGGUGAAAUCAAAUUGACUUUUUCAAAUUUCCUGUCAUUUUUUCAAAGAAACUACAUCGCGAUUACUUACGGAUCGAUUCAAACAUCUCCAGGUUUAAUUCUUCGUCCAUUCAAACCUUUAUUUUCUUCAUUCAUCAAAAACUAUGCUUGGGCUAUUCUCGUCUCUCUUGGUUAUCGUUUUCACCAACGUGUCACUCCAUUAUUCACUGCAAAAAUAUCUACUAUCGAAGAUGAUGAAGACUUUUAUCAUACUUGUAUCCAUUUAUGGAGACGUACAAAAGAAUACUUAUUUAUUGAUUUAUACGAAGAAUUAGUCGAUUAUUUAUCUCGUCAAGCACGAAUACGUGUGGAAGAAAGACAAACGACUCUAUCGAAGACGACUAUCAAACAGCCGCCGAGAAAUUAUCAAUAUGUACCGAGUGUGACUGUUACACCGACGACGAUUGUUAUUAAACCGUUGAAAUUGUGUAAAACGAAUCGAAUCUUACGAGAGAAGAGUUUCGGUGGACCGUUUAAUUUCGCGUUGGUAGAGAUUCGUGAAGAAGAUGGCGGUGUUUUGUAUCCGUUAGAUUUUCGACAAAUCCGAUGGAAAUUGAAACAAUUGUUAGUUGAUGGUUUUUCUAUCGAACCGAAUCGUAUUUAUAAAUAUCUCCAUCAUUCUCAAUCUCAAUUGAAAGAGAAACAAUUUUGGUUUUAUCAUCAUCAUCCAACGACGACAUAUGAAAAAGGAAAUCUUUCGUUUGACGAUGCUUAUCUAUGGAUGGGAAAUUUCGAUUGCGAACGUGUUGUUGCCAAACAUACAGCACGUAUUGCACAAUGCUUUACCAGUACCGAAGAAACAAUUCAGAUUCCAGCUGAAGCUGUAAGGUAUAUUAAUGACGUUGAGACUGAAGAUGGGAAGUAUAAUUUCACAGAUGGUUGUGGAACAAUGUCAACGAUCUUACGUGACCAGGUUAAAGCGAAACUUGGUCUUCAUUAUCCAUUUAGUGUUAUGCAGAUUCGUUACGGAGGUUGUAAGGGUGUUCUUUGCUUGUGUCCGGAGUUGAAUAACGCACCACAACAACUAGUUUUACGCCAUUCCAUGCGAAAAUUUAAUUGUGAUUAUGAUAUUCUUGAGUCAUGUCGUAUAUCUGCGCCACGUCCACUCUAUUUAAAUCGUCAAACAAUUGUUUUACUUUCUCAUCGUCAUGUUCACGAUGUCAUCUUUUUAUUGUUACAACAGGAACAUCAUUUAUGGUUAAUUGAAUCGUUAUUAUAUCCAUCGGUGACUUAUGAUUUUCUUUCGGAUAAAUUAACACGGAAUUUAUUUCCAUUACGAGAAUUAUUUCUCGAUGGACAAAUCAAUUUAGCUGAAGAACCAUUUUUUCGUCAAUUAAUCGUAACAUUCAUUCACCAUGAUUUUAUUAAAAUGAAAGAGAAAUCACGAACACGAAUACCCAAACAAUCGGCCAGAAAUCUCAUUGGAAUUGUCGAUGAAUAUGGCGUACUGGAAUAUGGUGAAGUUUUCGUUCAGUUCAGUAAUUUACGUUCGAAAAGUCUUUAUCGUCCCAUCCAAUCUCAACAUAGUUCACCAACAAACGAUUUCGAUGAUUCAAGUUCUCGAGAAUAUGAGUGGACAGAGACGACCAUAUUGAAUAACACUCGUGUUGUUGUCACAAAACAUCCAUGCCAUCAUCCAGGUGAUAUGAGAACAUUUAAUGCGGUUGAUAAACCUGAACUACGACAUUUACGUGAUUGUAUUGUCUUUCCACAAAAAGGUUCACGACCACAUUCAAACGAAAUCAGCGGUUCCGACCUCGAUGGGGACGAAUAUGCUGUAUUCUGGCUUGAUAUACUCGUACCAACCACGGACAACUUCCAACCUUAUGACUAUGACUCACAGACACCGCCUGUACCUUUAUCACGCCCAGUGACGCGUGAUGAUAUCGUUGAUGUUGUGUUAACUAUAUCAGAACAAGAUUGUUUGGGCAAGUUGUGUUGUACACAUUUGGCUUAUGUUGAUAAAUUUGGUGUUCAACAUGAUGACUGUAUUGCUAUUGCUGCGGCGAUUUCCGAAGAAUUAGAUGCGGGCAAAACAGGUAAACAUCCAUUUAACGAACAAAAAAUCAAAGAGCUAAACAGUAAAUUGGAUUAUAAACGACCGGAUUAUAUUGACAAAGAUCAGUUUGAUCUUUAUCCAAGUGAACAUGUUCUUGGCAAAUUAUUUCGUUCGAUUACCCGUUCGCAAACGACCUGGUCGAUUAUAAACCAUUCUGCGUAUCAUCCCGAAGAAAAAGAUCCUUCGUACGAUAUUCUCUCAACUAUCGAACGUGUUCCGAUCGAUGUUCAUCUAAUUCACCCAAGUUAUCAUCGUUAUACAUCAGCGGCACUAGAUCUAUACCGAACAUAUCGUGAUGUCAUAUUGAAUAUUAUGUUUGCCUAUCAUUUUGUGUCGGAUAUUGACUUAAUAUGUCGUUUCGAUUCUCAACAACAACAAUGUAUGUCGAAACAUAUCGAUGUUGCCGAUUCAGCGCAAGUCGAAUUGAAAGCGUUGAUGGACAGAAUAAAAAAUCUCUUCUAUUCUGAAUUUAACGCUCGAGAGCAAAUCGAACGUCGGCAAAAUUUCAAUAGGAGAGAAAAUGAAACGGCAUAUUUAGAUGACAAACUAGCCAAAGCAAGUGCAUGUUAUGUUGUUUGUUACCAAUACGAACAGGCACAACAUCCCAAGCGCAUUCUUUCAUUUCCAUGGUUAUUUUCACGACUUUUGCUCCAACUUCGACAACGAAAUUUAGCCGUAAUGGCAACAGCCAUCGAUCGACCGAUCGUGCAAUUACGUGAACAUGGGAUUGUCGCUCGGGUAAUGAGACAAGCUCUUCAUCGAUUAGUUGAGCAAAGACAUUUACGAUUCUUUGUUGAGCUUAUCGAAAAUAGAGAAAACACAUUCGCUGUAAAUAAACGCGUUAUUUUACAAUUACAAGAUCCAGUCAAUAAUGUCGAAUGCGAUAAUCUUCAAUUGCAUUUGAUUGAAAUAUGUUUCAUUGAAAUUAUUCAUAAUUGGUUAUCUCGACAGAAUAUUUUCGAAACAACGGAUAUCAUGUCAUCAAAGAGAAAACCUCUUAUCAACGAACAGCAUUGUUGGCAACAUAUUCUAACAAAAUUCAUCUAUGAAAUCAAUGAACAAGCUCCGUUUGAUUGUUCAACUUUAAUUAUUCGUCAAGACAAAUCGUCGGAUAUUUACUACACUUCUAUCAAAUCAUUUCUCUCAUCAUGGCCAUACGACGAUGAUGAUAGACAUGAAUCAAAUCAAUGUCGAUAUGACGAAUAUUUUUCGACAAUGUAUCAUCAUUUGAUACGUUUAGCAUCAUCGUGUUCACAAAAUCACGUCGACACAAAAGAAAAAUUCGAUUUUUGUUAUUUGCAUGAAUAUUUAAUACUUGCUUUGCAAUGCAUGAUUGCUGGAGUUCCACAAGAAAUUAAUGGAUGGGCAGAUCUACAAAUUUUGGAUGACGAUGAUGAUGAUAAACAAUAA